AUGGCGUUGACGACACGAAGCGUCACUUCCAUGGCACGCGUCCGCGCGCGCGCGCACGUCUUCGCGCGCGCGGGUGAUCGGGCGUCUCGACGAGGCGCGCGCGCGGGGUUGGUGGACGCGCGGCGGGCGACGCGGGGUGCGGGAGACGAACCGGCGGUGAUGGCGAUCGGACGCGAAUCGCUCGAACGACGCCUGGAGGCGCCGAUGGUGGGUCUUGGAACGUGGAAAGCGGCGCCGAACGCGGUGCGAGACGCCGUGGCGAGCGCGCUGCGCGUGGGCGUGCGGCACAUCGAUUGCGCGGCGGCGUACGGGAACGAACACGAGGUUGGAGUGGCGCUGGCGGAGGCGUUCGAGCGAGGGGACGUCGCGCGCGAAGACGUCUUCGUGACGUCCAAGCUGUGGAACGAUCGACGACGACCGGGAGACGUGCGAGAGGCGCUGGAGACGACAUUGCGUGAUUUGCGGUUGGAGUACGUGGAUCUUUAUUUGAUCCAUUGGCCGGUGUGCUGGCGACGAGGGACUGUGUUGCAGCCGGACGCCGAGGCGUCCAUCGCCGAGUGCUGGGGCGAGCUCGAACGGUUAGUUCAAGAGGGAAAGGCGCGACGAAUCGGGGUUUCGAAUUUUGACGAGGUUCAACUCGCCGCGCUAUUGGAUGAUCCGAGGACGAAGAUCAAACCGGCGUGUAAUCAGAUCGAGUCUCACCCUAUGUGGUCGAACGACGACUUGGUGCGUUUCACGCAGUCCAGAGGCGUGCGAGUGGUCGCGUACUCGCCCUUGGCGCAGGGAGGCUCGCUUUUCACGCACCCGUUGAUGGUUCGUUUGGCCAAGAAGUAUGGGAAAACCCCAGCGCAGAUCGCGCUGCGAUGGAACGUGCAGAGAGACGUGAUUGUCAUUCCGAAAUCGACGUCGGCGGAACGCAUCAAGAGCAACUGCGAUAUAUUUGACUUUGAACUGAGCGAAGAGGACGUUCUGGAGAUGAAGAUUUUGGACGUCGGGAAGAGUACCGCAACGGCACCCUGGAGUCACUUCGCACCGGUGGCGUCGAGGAACAGAUGGCUUCGUCCGCUCGGACGCGUCCUCUCGUGGCUUCCUUCCAAGUUCAUCGCCAUCGACGUUCAGCGCAUCGGCCGAAGCGGUUUCAUCUCUCUCCGAGCGCCGUGGUCGUGA